CGGUCACAGAGAGGAGACCCUCCUCCCCUGGGCUGGCCAGCCCGUCGGCCGGCCUCCCUUUCCCUCCCCUCCCCGCCCCGCCGGAGGGUCCUUCCCCGGGGAAAGUUGCUCGGCGUCCCCCGGGCGAGGGGCGGGGGUGUGCGGCGCUGCCCCCGCCGCCUCUCGCCCGUGUCGCCGAGCUGUUUAUUUAAAUCGCAGAUAAAGCGCCUCGCCUCGCCGCCCGCCCUGCCGGGGACACGCAGUCCGGGCGCCCGGCGGGGUGGGCAGGAAGGAGCCCAUGGCCGGGAGGGCAGCCCCGGCGCCCGGGGCUCUGCUCUGCGCCCUGCUCUGCGCGGCGGCGGCGGCGGGGGGCGGCCCCGGGGACAACCCCGCUCCCGGCGCCUUCGGCCACGUCUACCGGGGAGCCGUGAACAUCAGCUCGGAGCGGGUCUACGCCUUCGCCUACCGCAGCGAGCCCGGGCAGGUAGAUGCAGUGCGGGUGUACGUGAACAGCAGCUCUGAGAACCUCCAGUACCCCGUCCUGUUUGUAGUCCGCCAGCAGAAGGGAGUGCUCUCAUGGCAGGUCCCACUGAUUUUUCGAGGCCUCUACCAGAGGACCUACAAAUACCAAGAAGUGAGUCGGACCCUGUGUCCCUCUGAGCCAACACCUGAAACAAGACCCUCUAACCAGAUUAUAUUUGUGGAUGUCGCUUCCAUGGCACCGUUCAAUAUUGCAUAUGAGCUGCUAGUCACCAGGCUGGAGAACUUCCAACUUGAGACCAACAAAGCCUUUAACUUCAGUGCCAGCCCUUCCCAGCCCCAGUAUUUUCUGUACAAAUUUCCUCAGGAUGUCGACUCAGUCAUUAUUAAUGUGGUGUCUGAUGCAGCCUACCCAUGCUCAGUUGUCUCUGUCCAGGACAUUGUGUGCCCAGUGUAUGACCUGGACCAUAACGUGGAGUUCAAUGGAGUUUAUCAGUCUAUGACAAAGCAGGCAGCCAUAACAGUCCAGAGAAAAGAUUUCCCAGGUGAGCAGUUCUUCGUUGUGUUUGUCAUUAAGCCAGAGGAUUAUGCCUGUGGGGGUUCUGUGCCUUCUUCAAUUCCUGGGAACGUCAACCGCACCUGGAACCUGCAGCGGACAAAGAACCUUCAAGUGACGAUUGUGCCCUCCAUUAAAAAGUCUGUUUAUGUCCAGGCCAUGUUCUUCAGCUUCCUGAGUUUCCUCUCCUUUUACCUGGGCUCAGUGGUUGUUGCUUUUGUGCACUACAUUAGGGUUCAGAGGAAGGCAUCGGCUGGGAGACUGAGCCCUGAGCAUGGAUCUGGGAUGAUGACUUCUUCACACCCCAUCUCAGCCAGCACUCCUGAGGGAAGCAGCUACGGUGCUAUUGAUGAGUCCAGCUCCAGCGGAGGACGUCAGCUCUCCUCCCCGGAGCGCAGGCCCCCGGCUGCUUCGGACACAGACAGCUCUGUGGAGGAGGAGAGCGACUUCGACACCAUGCCAGAAAUUGAGAGUGACAAGAACAUCAUCCGCACGAAGGUGUUCCUCUAUCUAUCAGAUUUGUCCAGGAAAGACCGAAGGAUUGUCAGCAAAAAAUACAAAAUCUAUUUCUGGAACAUCAUCACCAUUGCUGUGUUCUAUGCCCUGCCGGUCAUCCAGCUGGUCAUCACUUACCAGACGGUAGUGAAUGUGACUGGCAAUCAGGACAUCUGCUACUACAACUUCCUGUGUGCUCAUCCCCUUGGGGUGCUGAGUGCCUUCAAUAACAUCCUCAGCAACGUGGGCCACAUGAUGCUGGGCUUUCUCUUCCUCCUCAUUGUGUUGCGCAGGGACAUCCUCCACCGUCGGGCCAUGGAGAUGAAAGAUAUCUACACCCUGGAGUAUGGGAUCCCAAAGCAUUUUGGUCUCUUUUAUGCUAUGGGCAUUGCUCUGAUGAUGGAAGGGGUGCUGAGUGCCUGUUACCAUGUCUGCCCUAAUUACUCCAAUUUCCAGUUUGACACCUCCUUCAUGUACAUGAUUGCAGGACUGUGCAUGCUCAAGCUCUACCAGACCCGGCACCCAGACAUCAAUGCCAGCGCCUACUCUGCCUACGCCUCGUUUGCUGUGGUGAUCUCCCUGGCUGUCCUUGGAGUGGUGUUUGGAAAAAAUGACAUGUGGUUCUGGAUUAUUUUCUCACUGAUCCACGUUUUGGCCUCCCUGGCUCUCAGCACCCAGAUCUACUACAUGGGUCGCUUCAAGAUCGACACGGGCAUAUUUCGGCGAGCAGUGAUGGUGCUGUACACGGACUGUAUCCAGCAGUGCAGCCGACCAAUGUACAUGGACAGGAUGGUGCUGCUCAUUGUUGGGAACCUGGUCAACUGGUCCUUUGCUAUCUUUGGGCUGGUGUAUCGGCCCAGAGACUUUGCCUCCUACAUACUGGGAAUCUUCAUCUGUAACCUGCUGCUGUAUCUGGCCUUCUACAUCAUCAUGAAGCUCCGCAGCUCUGAGAAGCUCCUGCCCAUCCCCAUGUUCUGCAUCGUGGCCACAGCAGUGGUGUGGGCAGCUGCCCUCUACUUCUUCUUCCAGACCCUCAGCAGCUGGGAGGAGACUCCAGCAGAGUCCCGGGAAAAGAACCGGCCGUGCAUCCUGCUGGGAUUCUUUGAUGACCACGAUGUCUGGCACUUCCUCUCCGCAGCUGCCUUGUUCUUCUCCUUUCUGGUCCUGCUGACCCUGGACGAUGACCUGGAUACGGUGCGCAGGGACAAGAUCCCAGUGUUCUGAGUCCCCAGGCACAGGGGCGCAGAGGUGUCCCAAAACACUCAGCCAAAGGCACUGGGCCACUGGUAUCUGUGGAGAAUGAGCCUGCUUCCAUGGCCAACAGCCCAGUGGGAGCAGGGGCACUGGAUCCCCCAGCAGGCAUGGAGGGGUGCUGUGGCAGUGAGGAGGGACCAGGAGGGAAGAUGAUGUUACUCCUUUCCUGCCACAUCCUCUGGGGCUGGCUUGAUCCAGAGGCCAAGGCCCGUGCACAGCCCUCUGGCUUGUGGGUGCAGUGGGUGCUGGAGCCAGUGAGGGGGGAGGAAACAGGAGGGAGGCAUGUCAGAGACCUUUGCUUCCCUUCCUUCCUGCUGAUGUGCUCCACUUCCUCUCAGGUGAGCAGGCUUGAGAGUGCCAUGCAAACCUUCCUGCACAGGGAGCUAAUGUCUGCACCCUGCAGGCUGCUGCCCUCCAAGAGUCCCUUCAGCAGCACAGGGGGAGCAUUUGGUUCCUGUACUGCAGCAGCUGAGGGAGAAAAGGACUCCAAACUGAGGUGGCAGUGAGGGGACUGUGUUUUCUUUUUUCCUCUUUUUGUUGGAGACACUCCUUCAUUAGCUGGUGGGGAGCCGUGGUACCAAGGCUGCAGCGUCGGUAGGAGGUGGUGAACUAGAGCUGCCUGUGAGGGCUCUGCCAGACUCAGAGCCUCCUACCUUGCUCUCGUGCAGCCUCUCUGUCGCUCCUGUUGAACAACAACAACUCCUCUGGCAGCUCCUGCUGGCACUUGGCCGUGCUCUGCUCUCUGUCAUGGCUCCACAUGUGCUCUCCUCAAGGCUCUCUUUGCCCGCGGGAGAGCGCACGGCAAAGCCACAGCCUCGUGUGACACCCUUGGCUCCUGCUGGGUGCCUUGCCAAAGGGACACGGUGGGACAGGGAGGUUUGCCAGCAGCCUCAGACUUUCUCCUCUCACGAGCUUGCCUUGGACAAACUUGGCUAAGUAGAUUCUCUUAUGGGCUGGGAGGAUGAAGGAGAUUUUGGAGCAAUUGGUAUUGAGCUCUUUAGCUAAAGAUGUGGACCAAAUUUUCUUCUCCAGCUUGUCCAAAUCAGAAAUGAGUUUUUUAAUGGCUUCUGCAUUCUUUCCAGUUUUUUAGUUAUUUAAAAAAAAAAAACCAAGAAUAAGAGUAAGGUGUGAAUUACUUCAGGCCUUGCAUCUAAACUGGGACCUGUUUUGCUAAUUUGCAAUUAAAAAGUGUUCUUUGAGGCCUGCUGUCCUUAUUCUUGUCUGCCUGAGCAUUUUUACGUUGGUGUAUGUGCAUGUAGCCAGUGAUGCAAAGGUUUCAUUCCACUUCUGCUUACUAAAGUGGGUGACUCUGGUGAUGUUUUACUCCAAGAAUCUGUAUCUCCUUGAAGAGUUUUGCACCAGCUGGUUUUUAUUUUUUUAGUUGAAGUUUAUUGGGAUGGUCAAUAAAAUGGAUGUUCCUGGUUCCCUGCUCUGCAGGUUGAUCUGAAUUCUUCUGGCUCCUGCUCUCAGCAGCAGCAGCAGAGACAGCAGUCAGGGUAGAGGGGUGCCCAGUGGUGACAGUCCCAAGCCACCCUUGGGACUGUCACAGGUGUUUCUGGAGCAUAGGUGUGGAUGACAUGCUUGUUCUCUUAAGCAAUUUGCCUUUGUGAGGUUACCUAUAGUAAAGAACAGACACUCUUGUUUGUCACUGGAGUCCCUUGGCAGGGUGAGGAGAGGGCUGGAGGAGGAAUGACACAAGAGGCUGCCAGCCUUUAUCUUCCCAAGCAGAGCUGUGCUGCCCUGGAGGGUGUCGGGGUAGCUGUGCCACACUGAAGGAGGACCUCUGUGCCCUCACAUUUGUCCAGUUCUGGGGACACAUUUUUAAAAAAUAUACCUUCUCCCUGUGUUUUCAUAAUCCGUAGUCUCAGAUCAUGUUCCAAGCUUGUAUUUGUUUCUAGACAGGAAGCUGGUUAUCUUCUCUAAAUUGAAAUGUGAGGAAAAAAUAAUGUUGAACAGCAGUUGGAAGGCUCGACGUAGGAGGUAGAACAGCAUAUGGGCUUGCUGUGCUGAGCAGAGAUGAGCACAGCAUGGAAUGGUAAGGUGGUAGCAGGGAGGGAGAGGGAGGCUGGGGAACAGCACAGAACAAACAGAAAACCAUGACAGAAUUCAGUUAAAUACAAGGAAAGGCACCUCAGGCCUGAGAGAUGGGAAGAAGGGUUGGAAUCGUCUCCCUGCUGCUUCUAUGCUUCCAGCUUGCUGCGUCAAUUUUUAAAAUUCCCUCUUAGCUUUGCCCUGCCUGCUGGGCUCUUUUGGUGCUUCAGCUCUCCCACCUGACCCCUCGACUGCUGGGGGGCCUGGCUGGGCACUUGGGCACUCUGUGCUCCCAGCUGUCCCAGGCACACUUGGCUCUGCAGCCCGUGCCAAAAAUGCAGCUUUUCUUGGGUGCUGCUGUUCUUGGGCCACUGCCCUUGGGCAGGAAGAGCAGCUUGCUGGGUACGUGGGGGACCCUCAUUCCCUAAUUUGCAGGGGUCAUGCUGUUGUUUCCUCACCUUGCUCUGCUCACAGAGGGAGACAGAUGUGUAGGGGUAAAAGCAGAGCAGAACCGUGGAAUUGUGUUGGGAGGUGAGAGGGCCAUUUUGCUGCCCAUGGAGUCACUGCCCCUGAGAUGGCAGUGAUGGCAGCUUGGGCCUGGGAGGCAUCUUGCACAAUGCAGAAUUCCAGCAGGGAGACGGGCCCUCAGGGCUUCAGGCCCCUGAACAAAUGUGCAGGUCCCAUCCCCAGGAAGUAAAACUCAGCAGCCCAGGUUCCUGAUGUCAGUUUGCAGGAGGCACUUGGCACUGUCAAACCAGCCACAGUUACCUGUGGUGGCACCUUGGGUCUGGGAGGAAUCCUGCCACGUUCGGAAUUUCAGCAGGCAGCCGGCCACUCCGGGCCACUGGCCCCUGGACACAAACACCAGCCCUUUUCCCUGGCAAACAAAACCCACCAGGCCAGGUUCCUGAUGUCAGUUUGCAGGAGGCAUUGGCACUGUCAAAGCAGCCCGAGUUGCCAGUGGUGGCAGCGCGCUGCUGUGCCCACGUUUGGGAGAAGCUGCUGUCACAGUUCUUGAAAGGGAAAUAAUGGUGCCAUGGGCAGGGACACCUCCUCCUCAGAACAAGUUGCUCAAACACCCAUCCAACCAGGCCUUUCUAAAGAUGGUGCAUCCACCACCUGUCUGGACAAUCUGUUCUAGUGUUUUACCACUCCCAUUGUAAAAAACUUCUUCCUUACAUUCCAGAUAUUCCCUGUUUCCUCAGGAAGUGUAGGUAAAACUGUUCAUCCCAGUACAAGUGAAAGGAGAAGGAAACAGCUUCUGUACAAUACUGACAUCCCUUCACAGGUUAGGAAAGAUACUGGGGGUAUGUGAGCUGUUACAAUUCCCCCUGGAGCCCCUGGCCUGGCAGAAGAGCAGCUAAGGCAGGGGGAAUGCACUGCAGUGUGGAAAAGGAAGGCAGCUCCCUCGUGUCCUGUUUCCCCUCCCCUCUACAACUGAACCAUCACACUGGCUGUCACUCAAGGAUCAAAAGCACCUCUGUCUUAAUACUAAACGUCAGCUGUUUUUAAAUUAAGAUCUUCCCUAAAGGCAACUUCCAUGCCUGCAAGAAUUUUUUUGAGGUUUACAAGCCAGGUUUUCUGGAGCCCCUGAAAAUAAUUGUUUCAUAGUAAUUCUGUCAACUUCAGUAUUGUGCAAACUCCCAGAAAAAGCCUUUACUUACCUUGCAGGGUCUCUGUACUGCUCUCAUCCAAACUGCAGCUUUUAGCUUCAAACUGUGACAGAAGAACUGUCUUAGGGCACUUCCAAACAAUGCAAGGGGACUGUGAUGAGAAGCAUUUUAUACAAUGAAGUUGUAUCUCCACAGUGAUUGCAGUCACUGGGGCAGGGACAGCACCUGCCAUGUAUUUUUUAGAUACUGCACAAUUAGUAUUUAUUUAUUCUGAAUUACAUAUCUCCAACUAAUAUGGUGCAUUACUCUGUCUAUGCAGAGAAUGUACAUCAGUGGAAAACUCUGACUGUAAAUUCCCAGUCUCAAAGCAAAGCUUUUAUUUUUAUUUCUACUUAAGAGUGAAUGGCAUUGCUGUCUGUGGGGAAAGAAAGAACACAAUAUUCAAAGGGUGUUUUUAUCUUUUUUUAAUAAAAUACUAUCAUGUUCAUAUCUAUACAAAUAAUUAUUACAACUAUUAAACAAAGUAUUACAUUUAACAAUAGAAAUCUCAGAACUCUGAACAAGAUCAUGGUUUGGGAUAUUUACACCUGAAUGCAACACAUUUGUAAAAAGAUGUCAAAAUAAACAGAGCAAGAUCUUAUUUACAAUUGGAA